CGGUUGCAUGCAUUUUCUGCUGAUGAUGACAACGAUGAUGAUGACAGCGAUGGCGGCCAGAGGAAGAAUAGCACUGCUGCUACCUGCGGCGAUGCGCAGCGCGCUGCAGGCGAUGGGCCGGGGCGCCCGCGUUGGUGGUGGUAGAGCGCUAUGGACAGACACACAGACAUGUCCCGUGCUGCGAAGGUCAGGCCUCAGAGCAUGGCACAGCUCCAGCACCAGCACCAGCAGCAUCAACACACGCGUGUUUUCAAUCGGCCGUGGUCUCCAUGGCCGCACGCUUCCCCGUGCACACAGCACAAUGCAACAGAGCCUCACACCGCACGUGUGGCGACGUGCGUUGUCGUUGACGAGCAAUCGAGGUGCUGCUGCUGCUGCUGGUGGUGGUGGUGGUGCUGCUGCUGCUGCGAGGUUUGCGUGCCACACACGACCUGCCACGCGGGCGCAGCUUGCGGUCCGACUUGUUGCAGCAGCGGUGCCGAUCAAGGCAGGCAUGACAUAUUCAACCCACGCUGCGCAUGGCAGCAAGUCAGGCACGUCCACGGCCGUGGCACGACGCAAAGCCAACAGCCUAGACGAGGCACUGCGUGAAUUGAGCGUACAAUCACGCAUCGUGCGCGGCCUGCGUGUCCUUCGACGAAUCAUCCGCCACCUGCUUCUCUUUACGCCGGUUGUACUGGCGCUUCCCAUUGCGUAUGCGCUAUCCUUCAUGUCGCACCACUUUAUUGACAUCUGGUGGGAGUGGGUCCUGUGGACUGUCCAGGUGUCCGGCCCGGCGUUUAUCAAGUUUGUGCAGUGGGCAAGUUCCCGCCGCGAUCUGUUUGAUAAGCAGAUAUGCGACCGCUUUGCACAGCUCCACGCCUCUGUCAGGAAGCACCCCUUUGAGGAAACAAAGAAGACGCUGACUGCCGCCUUUGGCGACGGGUGGGACGAGUAUCUCGAUGUCAACGGCUCUCCCGUCGGGUCAGGAUGCGUUGCUCAGGUGUACCGCGCGACGCUGACGGCCAACGGAGAGCAGCACGACGUCGCAGUAAAGGUCAUCCACCCGUACGUGCAGCGGCUCGUGCUUGACGACAUUGAGGUACUGCGCUUUAUCGCGUGGGCGCUGGAACUCAUUCCCGCCCUCAAGUGGACAAGCGCCGUCGACAGUGUGGAGGAGUACAGCAAGCUGAUGAUCACGCAGCUGGACCUGCGGAACGAAGCACGAAACAUGCUCCGGUUCUACGACAACUUCAAACGUGUGCACGACGUGACAGUUCCUCUCGUCCUGCCGGAAUUCGUGUCCGAAAAUGUUCUCAUCGAAACAUACGAGGAGGGCACGCCAAUCAGCUCGAUGUUUGAGGCUGACAUGCCAAUCCGGCGGCGGCUGGCGCGGCGGUGCGUGGAGCACUUCUUCCGCAUGAUGUUCGACCACAACUUUGUGCACGGUGAUCUCCAUCCAGGAAACCUCCGCGUCAAGGGCGUCGAUGACACAGGCGAGCCGACAGGAGAAGACCUGCAGAUUCUGCUGCUUGAUGGCGGCAUCGCAACGGAGCUCUCAUAUCGGGACCGGGUGAACUUUGUUGAUCUGUUCUCUGCGAUCAUUCAACGCAACGGGCGUGAGGCCGGCCAGCUCAUGCUCGAGCGAACGCGACUGCACGACUGCCCGGACCCGGAGGGUUUUGUGGACGCCAUUGACGAUCUCAUUCGCACUGCCGUUGACAAGGGCAUUAGUCUUCGUCGCGUUCGCAUCGGCGAAUUGCUGCAACGCGUCCUCUCUCUCAUGUGCACAUACAGAGUCAAGAUUGAGAGCAACUUCACGUCAAUCAUGAUUGGCAUUAUGGUUGCUGAGGGCGUUGGCCGCUCGCUGGACCCAGAGGUCGACCUGAUGAAGAUUGCCGGACCAAUUCUCCUGCGAGAGAAGGCGAAGAUUGCGUUUCUCUCCGCGCCGCCAGACGCAGACGAGUAGCACACGCGUGGUGGUGGUGGUGGUGUGAUUGUCUGUGUGUGUUCAUGCAACAGGGCUGAUUGCGUGCUGUACAAACUGUGUGUUGGUUGUGGUGGUGUUGUUUGCUGUUUGGUUCGAGUUAGAUCGACAUUGUGGUGGUUCUUUAUGCUCUUUUCUCUGCAAGCAAGCAUCCAUUAAACAUAGACCGAACACACCCACGCGCAACUCAGGCAUCAGACAUGCUGCUGUGAUGUGUGAUUGUAUUGCUUGCACUCCUGUGAUCAUAUGCUGGGCAACCUGCC